AGUUUAUAUUGAAACAAAGUUUAUCCUCUAAUGCAUGUUAAAACCCUAGUAUAUUUUUUAUUAUUCACUGGUUUCAUUUCCUGUAAAAAUAUUUUAAUUUUCAACCCAAUAUUUGCGUUUAGUCAUGUCAAAUUUGUUACUCAAAUGGCAGAUAUUAUAGCAGAUCAUGGACAUAAUGUGACUCUAUUUCAACCAUAUCAUAUUGCAAUGAAGAAUACAGAAGGGCUGGUCAAAAACAGAAAAGUCAAUAUAAUCAACUACUAUCCACACGACUUUAAUACAAUUUCUGGUGCCAUGCCUGAAACUUUCAGCGGGUUAUGGGACUCUAAACUUUUGAACAACGCAAUUUUAUCAGCCUACGCAAUGCCGAAAGCUAUUGGGAGAGUAUUCGAGAAAACUGCAACACAACUUCUUCAAGAUGAAAGUAUUCUCGAGGAACUGAAAAGUCGAAAAUUCGAAGUCGUAAUUUCAGAAGCUUUCGAGAUUACUGAAAUGUAUCUCGCUCAUCUUCUCAAAAUCCCUUCUAUUCCAAUCAAGUCAUCAGUUAGAUAUCCGGCGUUUAACAAUGCUUUUGGUCAACCAUCCAGUCUUGGAUACUUGCCACAACAAGGAUUAAGCAGGGAAAUUGGAUUUCUCGAUAGACUUUUAGAAGUUUAUGAUCAUUACUUUUUGGUUAAAAUGCAAGAGCGGCUGAAUGAAUACCAAGUGAAUUUCAUCGAAAAAGCCCUCGGACAUCCUGUACCCCAUUGGAGAGAUCUUGUGAAAGAAUCUCCGAUAUACAUAACCAAUUCAAACCCAUAUCUAGACUUUGCUGUUCCAACUACUGCAACCGUCGUUCAUGUUGGCGGAAUUACUAUGGACAUGAAAAAAUUGAAGAAUCCCCAACAAUUGCCUGACGAAUAUGAAGAAAUUCUACAGGAGCGAGACUCAACUGUACUUAUCUCUUUUGGAUCGGUUGUCAGAUCUUGCGACAUGCCGGAGAAUUUUAAAGCGGGAGUUGUCAAGAUGUUCGAGUCACUUCCAGAUAUUACCUUUAUCUGGAAAUAUGAAAAAGAUGACGUGGAAUUCCAGAAGAAACUUCCGAAGAAUGUCCACUUGAAAAAAUGGGUCCCCCAGCCAUCCCUUCUUGCUGAUAAACGUUUCGUAAAGCGUUUCGUUACCCAUGGAGGGCUGGGAAGUACAAUGGAAGUUGCUUACACUGGAAAACCAGCUCUUAUGGUCCCAAUUUUUGCCGAUCAAUUCAACAAUGCAAAUAUGCUUGCCAGACACGGAGGAGCCAUUCCUUAUGACAAACUUGAUCUGGCAGAUGGGGAAAAAUUCACAAAAACUGUACGGGAAAUGGUCAUAAAUCCCAAGUACAAUGACAAUGCUAAAGUGUUGCUGAUAAUUCUCCUCAAUCAGCCAAUUGAUCCGAAACUGAAUUUGAUGAAACAUCUCGAGUUUGCGAUGGAAUUCCCAAAUCUCCGCUCUCAAAUUCCGGAAAUCAAUAACGCUGGUCUCAUCGGUUACUAUUAUCUUGACAUAAUUGCAUUUUUCAUUUUAUUUGCCUGUUUGGCCUUAUAUUUGUUCACAAAUUUAAUUUUCAAAAUAUUCCGGUUUGUUCCAAAAAAGACGAAACAUGACUAAAUUAUUAUGUUCCUAUUUCUUUUAUCAAAUAAAUGCAGUUUUAAAA